AUGGGCUCUAAAAAGUCCAGCUCGGGAACUGGGCCCCGGAAAGACGAUCCGGUCUAUUCGCAAGUCGACGCCGCAGGGCAAAGCCAGAUCAAUGACCCGGUAUACGGCCAGCCUCGAGCAGCUUCGUCGGUGCCCGGUUCUCCAGCACCGGCUCCAGGACAGGGCAAGAUCUCGGCGGCAGACGACCCGGUGUAUUCGCAAUCUCGGGGUGUGAGAGGAGGCACGCUCAGUGACCCCGUCUAUGCACAGCCUGUCUCCGCUGCUGCAUCCCCAGGUCGGGCAACGCAGGGAUUAGGAGCUGGUCGGGUCCAGACGGUAGAUGACCCGGUCUCAUCCCAGUCGAGAACAGAGAACACGACCGUUAAUGAUCCGGUCUACGGCCAGCCCCAAGCAGCUCCCUCAACUCCAAAAUCUCCAGCCCCCGGCCCGGGACAGGGUACGGUGUCGGCAGCAGACGACCCUGUAUAUUCUCAGUCUCGCAGCAGCAGGGGCGGUACACUCAGUGACCCCGUCUAUGCCCAACCUGUGUCUGCAUCGCCAAGUCCACCAGCACAGGGACUGCCAGCUGGCCAGGUCCAGACGGCAGAUGACCCAGUCUCGUCUCAAUCAAGGACAGACAACACCAUCGCCAACGACCCUGUGUACGGCCAGGCACGAUCUAUUUCGUCUGAACCCCAAAACCCCCGUGCUCCCGGGUCCGGAACAGGCCAUCUACCUCCAUCAGAGGACCCAGUGUCUUCCCAACCACAGUUCAACUCGACAGCCUCCAGCCGUCUCCACCAACUGACCUCCCAGAUCUCCCCGGCCCCAUCCUCUGAACCACAACCACAACCGAACACAAGACGGACGCGCAAAUCCAAAAACUCCCCCAAAUCCGCCGCCGCCGAUCUGCCUGCCGACUACAGCGACAUCCUCGGCCACGUGGCGACGCUGCGCCGCAUCGCCACGACGCCCGACACGUCGUCGCGCGGGUACAUCCGGCAAAAGACGUCCGGGAAGCUGUGGUCGCGCGAACGCAUCGCCACCCUCCUCGACCCGGACACGUGGCGCGAGGUCGGGUCCGUCACCGGCACCGUCACCUGGGAGAAGGACGCGCACAACCCGCAGGCCGAGCACGUGGCGGCCUUCAUCCCCAGCAACAACCCGCAGGGCUUCGGGCGGGUGACGUGCCCGCGCACGGGCAUCAAGCGCCAGAUAUACCUGACGUCCGACGACUUUGCCAUCCGCUCGGGCCACGCCGACGGGUCCGUGUCGAUCAAGACCCUGUACGGCGAGAAGCUGGCGCUGCGGCUCAAGGUGCCCGUGGUCAAGCUGGUCGACGGGUCGUCGGGGGGCGGAUCGGUGUCGACCAUCAUGACGCAGGGAUACUCGUACAUGCCGCACGUGACGGUGCUGUCGACCGUGAUCCGCCAACUGAACAUGGGCAUCCCGAACCUAGGGGCGGUGCUGGGCCCGGCCAUCGGCCUGGGGGCUGCCCGCGUCGUGUCCACCCACUUCAGCGUCAUGGCCGGCGACAUCGGCGCGCUGUUCAACGCCGGGCCCAAGGUGGUCGAGGGCGCCACGUUCGAGGAGGGGCUCAGCUUCGCCGACCUGGGCGGGCCCCUCGUGCACUGCACCAACGGCACUAUCGACAACCUGGCCGCCAACGAGCAGGAGUGCUUCGACCAGAUCCGCACCGUGCUGGCCUACCUGCCACAGUGCGGACAGUUCCAGCCCCCGCCGACGAUUCCCGCCAGCGACCCCGUCGACCGCGAAGACUUGAGCCUGCGCAGCAUCGUGCCCCGCAAGAAGGCCCGCAUGUACAACCCCUACACCAUCAUCCUCUCGGUCGUCGACCGCGGAUCGUGGUUCGAGAUCGGCGCCCUUUGGGGCCGGACCGGCAUCACGGGCCUGGCGCGUCUCGGGGGGAGACCCGUCGGCAUUCUGAGUAUGAACUGUGAAGUCAACUCCGGUGCCUUGGACGCCAUGGGGAGUCAGAAGUUGAUGAAGAUGUUGAAGUUUUGCGACGUGUUCAAUUUGCCCAUCGUGCAGUUUGUGGACGUCCCUGGCUACGCCAUCGGCACCGUCGCCGAACGUUCCGCCACCAUGAAAUGGGGCGUCGAGCUCGGCAAAGCCUACUACAGCACCACCACCCCGAUCUUCAACGUGGUGACUCGUCGCGCGUACGGCGUCGCCGGCGGCAUCAUGCUCGACAGCCGCGAACCGUGGAUGCGGAUCGUGUGGCCAUCCGGAAAUUGGGGGUCCUUGCCACUCGACGGCGGCAUCGAGGUCGGCCACCGUCACGAGCUGAACACGAUCCGCGAAAAAGAGGGCGAAGAGGGGUGGAAGAGGCGGUACAAGGAACUGGAGGACGAGUACAUCCGGUUGAUGAACCCGGUGCGGACGGCGAACUGCUUCAACGUGGAAGAGAUUAUAGAUCCCAAGGACACCAGGAAGAUCUGUUGUCGCUGGGCCAGGGAGAUGUAUGGCCUCCCCAUGCAGGAACGGUUGGCGGAUAGAGCCUCGGGCAAGCUGCAUGCGGUCUUUACUUGA